UCAGGCUGUGAAGUUGGAUCCGGCGCGGAAAGUCGGCCCGUGAGGGAGGGCGCUCAUUGGCAGGGAGUGAGGCGGGCUCCGUCGGGAACCGGGAGCAAGAGGGCCUGAGCCAGUCGGGCUCGCAGGCGCCUGGUGCCGGGCCCGAUCCCUACAUCUGAGGAGGCGACGGGCCCUCAAGGGGCGUGGGCUGGGCUUGGUGUCCGUCCUGCCAGGUGCAGCCAUGCAAGAAAGCAUACGUUUUGCUUCAUCAGGAGAUGACAUUAAAAUUUGGGAUUCCUUAUCUUUAACUGUGGUGGAGCAGUUCAACCCACAUACCCCCACACAUCCAGUCAGCUCGCUGUGUUGGGCCAGCAAUAAUAGAUACCUGGCCACUGCUUCUGCUGCUGGUGAUAAAAUAGUUGUUUCAAGCUGUAAAAGCAAACUUGUUCCACUCUUUGAAAUAGCUGAAGGAGCAAACCAGACAUGUGUAAGCUUAAAUACUAGUUCUUCAUAUGUUGUAAGUGGAGGUCUUGAUAACACAGUUAAUAUCUGGGAUCUGAAAUCCAGAAAGGUUUACCGUAGCCUUAAGGACCAUAAAGAUGAAGUCACGUGUGUUACAUAUAACUGGAAUGAUAGCUACAUUGCCUCUGGAUCUUUGAGUGGUGAAAUUAUCCUACACAGUGUUGCCACAAAUUUAUCAAGUACUCCCUUUGGUUAUGGCAGCCGUCAGCCUGUUCGACACUUGAAGUAUUCAUCCUUUAAGAAAUCCUUGCUGGGCAGUGUUUCUGACAGUGGAAAUGUAACUCUAUGGGAUGUAAAUAGCCAGAACCCGUAUCAUAAUUUUGAAAAUACUCAUAAAGCACCAGCUUCAGAAAUCUGCUUUUCUCCAGUCAAUAAGCUGCUGCUUGUAACUGUAGGUUUGGAUAAAAGAAUUAUUCUCUAUGACACUUCAAGUAAAAAGUUACUGACAACAAUAGUAGCUGAUUUUCCUCUGACAACAGUAGACUUCAUGCCUGAUGGUACUACUUUGGCUAUAGGAUGUUCCAGGGGAAAAAUCUGGCAGUAUGACUUAAGACAAGUGACAUCACCAGUGAAAACAGUUGUUGCUCACAAAGGCUGUGUGAAAUGCAUACGUCUUCAGUUCAGUAGCACUUUUUCCAAGUCUAACCUUACGAGUUCUUCAAUUAAACCUGUAUCCAAAAAAGCAGAAGUCAAAGGUGGUAGUAAUCUUGGAGGAGUUCAAAAUACUGAUAUUAAAAACAUUGCCUCUCAGGCGUCAGCAACAGUUUCAUCUGUGACACUGCCAAAAGAGAAUAAGGGAGGAGAGAUUUUUCAGGAGAAAACAGGCUUUCCCCAUAGUUGCAGCUUGGAUGUUAUUCCAUCUAAAGAAACAGAUCAUGGGAAAAGUGCUGAUAAUAUUACCGUGAGUCGAAGUAGUUUAGGAGAUGUGUUUUCCCCAAUCAGAGAUGAUAUUAUUGCAAACAAAGUAAAUGAAGAUCCUCAAGGAAAAAGAGAUGGUGUGGAUUUUCAGUCCUACAUUUUGGGUGUGGAUUUUUUCCCACAUCUCACCACUGCCUUUCCGGUCAAAAGAAACCCUGUGGGCAGUAGUGCACAAGGAAUACGGUCCAGCCCAUUGCAUGCACUUCUAGGGUCUACAAUUAAAGAAGAAGAAGAACAUCCAGAGGGAGACACAAAGAAAACAAGUCUUGGAAAACAAGAAUCUAAAGAACUCUUAAAGCAGGGUCAGCUUUCACAAUCGAGUUCAUCAAGUGCAGAAUCUGUAACUUUAAGUCUUCCACCAUUAUUCACUGCUGUAAAGACUUCUGAAACAAAUGAGAGACUAGCGAAGAAUAUUCAGGCCCAUCCUGCAUAUGAUCUACCAGUAAAUGGUACUACCUCAACAAGUCCAAAGAUAACAUCAUCAGUUGCUGCUGGAAUUGCAAGUUCAUUGUCAGAAAAAAUAGUAGAAAAUAUUGGGAGCAGCAGACCAAAUGCACCUCUGACAUCAUUCCAAAUAAACUUCAUUCAGAAUAUGAUACAAGAAACAAUGGAUGACCUCAGAGAAGCAUGCCAUCGAGAUAUUGUGAAUUUGCAAGUGGAGAUGAUCAAGCAAUUCCAUGUGCAGUUGAAUGAAAUGCAUGCUUUACUUGAAAGAUACUCUGUAAAUGAAAGCUUAGUAGCUGAAAUCGAGAGACUGCGAGAGGAAAACAGAAGACUGAGGACUCAUUUCUGAAAGACUUACACUGCUAAUUUUAUUAGCAUGAACUCACUACAGGUGGUGCGUUGCUUAUGACAGAUCAUCCAUCAUCACUGAAGUAUUGUAUGAAGACCUGCUAUUAUUUUGAACAUGAGUCUUUUUUCUAAAUAAAUGGUGCAAGAUACUACAUGUAAUUAUAAAAAUUGUAACUGAUAAACGCUAAAAAGAAUGUUUGCAUACUCAUGCUAACCACCUUGAAAUACAGCCUUCUAACAGAAAAACUGAAAGGAUAAGUACAUUAUCAGAAUUCUAGCAAUAUGUGAAGUGCCUUUUUACAAACAAAAUCAAACCAGGACGGGUACCUUUUCUGUAAGAAUUUUUGGCUAUACCUACUUUUCUAGCUGCUUCUUUAUUUUACUGCUGUCAGAAACAAUCACUGUAGUUUGCCUUUCAGAUACUUUUCUUGGAGAAAAGGGGGAGAGAAAGCUCAUCUUCUGCGUGAUAUGGAGCCUUGUUUGUAAGGAGCUGGAAAGUACAUUAUUUGGUUAACUUUAUGCAACUGGCAACUUUUAUCCUGAGUAAAACUAAAGCUUGAAAAUA